AUGAGUGUUCAGUGUGAUUAUACAGACUUUGCCGUCGGAUCGCUGGCGAAAAUAAAUGGCGGUCAGUUUGAAUUCCCCCUGUGUUUUUGCAGUAAUCCAAAAUGUGACCUUGCGCAUCCAGAUUUGUUACCACUUACAGCGGAAAAUGGAGGUUUGAGUCUGCUCCCAACAGCUUUCCUCCCGCAAGGGCUCGUACCAGAAACGAAGCGUAUUGCCCAGGCUCUUCAUAAUGCGUUACUUUUAAGCACAGUAGUCAUCCCCGAACGAAAUCCAGCUCCUAGACAAUUGAACAAUUUCUUGCAAUUGUCUAAUAUGGGAGUCACCAAAUACGCAACCCAGAAGCCAGGAUUGAUUAUACAUAGAUAG